GGAGCGCCCCGAGAGCCCGGUAGCGUCGGCUCGCGGCGCCGCGUCCCCGAGGAUGGAUGAGCCGUGGUGGGAAGGGCGCGUCGCCUCGGACGUCCACUGCACCCUGCGUGAGAAGGAGCUGAAGCUGCCCGCCUUCCGAGCCCACUCCCCACUCUUGAAGAGCCGCCGGUUCUUUGUCGACAUCUUGACCCUGCUGAGCAGCCACUGCCAGCUGUGCCCCGCGGCCCGGCACCUGGCCGUCUACCUGCUGGACCACUUCCUCGACCGCUAUAACAUCACCACCUCCAAGCAGCUGUAUGCCGUGGCGGUCUCCUGCCUCCUGCUCGCAAGUAAGUUCGAGGACAGGGAAGACCAUGUACCCAAGCUGGAGCAGAUAAACAGUACGAGGAUCCUGAGCGGCCAGAACUUCACCCUCACCAAGAAGGAGCUGCUUAACACGGAGCUGCUGCUCCUGGAGGCGUUCGGCUGGAACCUCUGCCUGCCCACGCCCGCCCAUUUCCUGGAUUACUACCUCUUGGCCUCCGUCAGCCAGAAGGACCAUCACUGCCACAGCUGGCCCACCGCCUGCCCCCGCAAGACCAAAGAGUGCCUCAAGGAGUAUGCCCACUACUUCCUAGAGGUCACCCUGCGAGAUCAUAUUUUCUACAAAUUCCAGCCUUCUGUGGUUGCUGCAGCCUGUGUUGGGGCCUCUAGGAUCUGCCUUCAGCUUUCUCCCUACUGGACCAGAGACCUACAGAGGAUCUCAAAUUACUCUCUGGAACAUCUCAGCACGUGCAUUGAAAUCCUGCUGGUAGCUUAUGACAACGUCUUCAAGGACGCCGUCGCGGUCAAAAGUCAGUCCCUGACAAUGGUGCCCAGCAGAAGCCCUGCGCCCACCCAGGUGCUGUUCCAGCCGCCCACCUACCCCACCCUCAGCCAGCCAGCAACGACGCCAGCCCUCGCCCAGUUCCAGACCCAGACCCCCGUGCAGGACCUCUGCUUGGCCUAUCGGGACUCGCUGCAGGCCCACCGCUCCGGGAGCCUGCUCUCAGGAGGCUCUGGCUUAUCCCUCCACACCCUGUACCCCACUCUCCAGCCCCUGGACGUGUGUCCCAUGUCCCUCCCCGCGCCCCUCAGCGUGCAGAUGGCCAUCACGGCGGAGCCCAGGCACUGCCUUGCCACCGCCUACGGAAGCAGCUACUUCAGCGGAAGCCACGCGUUCCCCACAGGCUGUUUCGACAGAUAGGGCACCUCCGGGCCACACAGGGAGGUCUUGGAGACUCACCUGGGCAGAGGAAGAGGACACAGGUGAGGGGAGCUCAGCCGAGUGAGGCAGUGGGGAGGCCAUCCCCACAGAACCUCGUUGAUCUUGGACACAGGGUUCAUGUUCUUUUUAAAUAAAGCUGACCCAGAGCAAAAGUCAAUGACACCCCUCCCCUGAGAGAAUUCUGAAAAAUGUCUUCCACGUGUGUAGCUGGGGUGCAGGAGGACUGGCUCAGCCACCAUCCUCUGGAGGAAAGGCCCGGUGAUUGAGAAAGACCUGGGAAAACAGAUGCCAGGAGACUGGAAACUGGAUGCAGACCACCGGCCCAUGCACGUGUUUGGUUUUUAGCAUUAGAGACAUCUUUAUUCCUUGCCAGCGGCAGCUACACUGAAAAAAGAAGGGACUGCCUGAUGUGUUCUCAGGACCCCCAGCAGAUGCUGUAUUGGGUGCUCUUUCCCUGGCUCCCUCCAGGGGAGCCUGCGUGCGUGCGUAUGCCUGAGUGUCUGCCCUCCGAGGCGUGGGGUGGGUGGCUGUCUUGCCUUUGUUGUCAAACCUAAAACCUUAUUUGGCCUUUUAGAUAUUUCACAUGCUGCUGCUUCCUGAAGUGACCUAGCUUUCUGUUCAGUAAGAUAUCUUGUUUACAUACUGUAUCAGGGAUUUUGUGAUACUUGAAAAUUCCUUAGGAGAAAAAAAAACAAAAACAAAAACGUCGAUUGCCACACUGCCUGUCCCACACAAGGGCUGUAAGUUUGAACCCAGCUUGUGACAACAGUUUUGUUCUCAAAAGCAUAUGAUUGGGAAGAGCCACUUUCCAGGCUCUUAGUUCCAGAAGAUUACGUGUCUUGGAUGCCAUGUUCACCUUAGAACUUCAGCAACCACCCAGAGGAAAAGGUGGUUGAAAGGGAGACAAAGGUUUAUAACUAACGACCCCCACCUCCCUCCCUCCCUCCACAGCGUGCUUAUGGUGCAUGAGGUUAAACCUAGCCUUGGCUUUGAGUUUGGCUAAUAGGGAAGGCUAAAAAUGUAGAAUAUUUGCUCUCUGCCAGCUGGAUUUGGGGAGCAGGGCAUGUACGUGGGUACAUGUCACAACCACUGACGGGGCAUGUGAUUGGUUGGAUCGAAAGCCAGUAUUUGGGUACCCGCAGCGAAAGGGCUCUCAGGAAGACUCUUGUAUCCAUGUGCAAUAUGUUUUUAUGCUGACUUGUGGCUUGUGCUCGUUGUAUUUUUUUGGUUGGUUCGGGGUCAGGGGGACACAUUGUUCACCCAUCAGAACUGGGAGGUGCAAAGAACCAUAGAAGCAUUUUUUUGUUUGUUUGAAGAAGAACCAUCUUGAUUUUCUUGGCUGAUUUGCCAGUCCAGGAGACUGGCUCGGGGACUGCCAGGAAGGCGGCUGCUGAAUUGGAUCCGAAGGUGAUUUUCAGAGCAAAUGAAAGCUUCAACAUGGAAGCAGAAUUAAGAAGAGGUGACGUGGAUGAGGUGCUACUGCCACUUUGUCGCACGAGUGUGGAAAAACCACACGUUCAUUUGUUGCUUAUCUCUUUUUUUCCUUUGCCAACCUUCUAUUUAUGUGAGACUAGUUUGGAUUCCAAGUUAAUGUGUCUGUCUAUUCUGGGACUGGGGCUUGUGAGGGGGACCCCCCCGUAGAACCUCACAGCCAGCCCAGCACCCAGAAAAAGGCAUCCUGCAAUAAACAUAUCACCUGCUCUUGG